AUGGGGAGGAAGCUGGACCUCUCCAAGCUAACCGAUGAAGAGGCCAAGCACGUUUGGGAAGUCGUUCAACGGGACUUGGAUCUGCGGAAAAAAGAGGAGGAACGGCUGGAGGAGCUGAAAUGCAAGAUCAACCAGGAGAGCAGCAAGAGAGAAUUUCUGAUGAAUCAGUCCCACCUCAACGAAACCCACUGCGUCCACUGCCUCCAGCCCUUCAAGUUAAAACUGGACUGCCAAUUCUACACCUGCAAGAACUGCAGCCGCUACAACAAGAAGGAACAAGGCUGGGUCUGUGAUCCUUGUCGCCUCUCCAGGAUCGUGAAGAUCGGUUCCCUGGAGUGGUACUACGAACACGUGCGAACCCGUUUCAAGAGGUUUGGGAGCGCCAAAGUGCUGCAGUCCCUCUACGGCAGGCUGCAGCCGGGGCAGGGGGUGAACUCCACAUUUCUAGGUCUUCAUGACAGAGUUUACAGCCUGCCAGACAUUAACAGUGAAUGCCAGCUCCUCACCAGUGGUGGCAUUGGGGACGAAAGCAAUGACGAAGACGAUGUCCUUUGUGGAGCUGAAGCAGAGUGCUACAGCAGAAUGCGCAAGACAAAGCGCCUGCUGUCUGUCCAUCCCCUUGAUUUUGAACUGGACUCAGAGUACUCUGCUCAGUCUCGCCACCAGUCUGUGCCGCUCUCUCCAGCAGCCAGCAGCCCGGAUGCUUUCCAGUCCUUCCCAGAUUUCCCCAACUCAGCUGAAGAUGCCUCCCAGGAGUCCAGGAUCGCAGAGGCAGAUCUGGUCUUCCACCACAUCUUGCAGGAACAAGGACCUGGCAUGAGCCCUCCGGAGCAGCACUUCAGUACAGAGGUUCAGCUCACCGUCAAUUCACGGAGAAGGAGCCUGGAAAGAAAUGUAAAACCUGGCAGCCCCUGGAACGAGCAACCUCGGUCCCGGUACUCUGCAGAUAUGGACACUUCUGAUGAGGAUGUGAAGGGAGCCCAGUUCCCUGCCUACCCACCCCAUCACAUGAAAUGCCGAAACAGAGCCUCUUCCCAGGACAAUGUCAGCCAUUCUGGGAAUCAGAUUCAUGAGCUCAACAAACGCAUGUCCGCAAUCGAACGCAUGCUGAACCGCUUGGAGGAAAAAAUCCUGGUGCGCUCUGAUGAGACUCCAGCCCCAGAGUCCCAACUUGAUCCCAAUGCUGAGGAGGAGGAAUUGAAGAGGAAGCUGGAGGAGUUGGCUAGCAAUAUCAGUGACAACGAAGUCUCUUCUGAAGAAGAGAAACAUGAAGAAAAGAAGACAGUGAAGAAGCCAGAGAGUAGUUCCUCCAGUGAUGAUGUGGCCAGAGAUGCUGGAAAG